CAAAAUAUGUACGGAGGUUGUUAUCUGAAAUGCUUUCUCCAUAUUGAAUACACUAGACAUAGUAAUACAAAACCCUAUUAUAUCAUAUCUAAAAGAGAUUCUUUUCUAACCCAACCCAAUGCAGUUAGAGAGAAAAUAAGUAUUAAGUGUUCCGUAUUAUUAGUUAAAAGGUGAGAUUUCAACCUUUUCUUGAAGGAAGUAAUGGAACGACUAUCCUGUAUAUUAGAAGGUAGUCGGUUCCACAGUUGCGCAGUUUUUGUGUUAGUAAAGUCUUAUAGAAUUAUCUAUGUAUAUGGUCAAAUUAAUUAGGUCAUAUUCAUAUACGAAAAACUAUUGGAUUAAUUUUAAUUAAAUUUUAAGUGAUAACUAGGUUUUUACUCUGGGGAUAAUUCUGAGCCGUCUGUUUAUUUCACUUUAUUUAAUUCUUGUUUCUACUGCAAAAUAUAUGAAGAAUAUACAGUAGCGGAUUUGCCUUAAGGCCCAGGAGGCCCAGACCUAGGGCGGCCAAUCGUGACAAAAAAUUCACUGAUGGUAACAAGAAAUAACUACAGAUGGGCAAAGCACCGGGUUUAAACCCGGUGCUUUGGUAAAAACCCAAUAAACACCCAUAAACUCCCAUAAUCACCCAAAAAAAUAGGUUUUUACGUAUUUUUUUGAAAAUAUGUAAGUAAUACCAAUAAAUUAUUUUUAUAAAUUGUAUUGAUCAAUUCUACAAUAUUAAAUAAAACGUUAACUAAUAAUAUUUCAGGAAAUUUUAAAAAUCUAUAUAUAAUAAAAUGAAAGUAAUUAAUUUUCAGUGUUUUCAUGUUGCAGUUGAUCAACAUGUUGGCCUUUUGCUUCCCGUAGAUACUUUAAAAUUUCUUCAUAACACCUCGUUCGCACACAUGGCCGUAUAUAUUUAAAUUCUUGAGCCACUAACAGUCCGAAAUACUCAUUUCUUUUAUCCUCUUCUCCAUAAAUUAAGCAUUUAGAACAGUUUGUUUCUUCUUUCAGUAAAUUUUCUUUUACUUUAUCCUCGUUUUUUUCUUUGUUGCGACGACGCUGGGUAAAUCAUCUGGACACUGGGUCUCACUAUCGCCAAAUAUAUUUGGAGAUCGGCUUCGGCUACGGCUUGGCAGACAUUUUUUUCUUUCUACAAUUUUAAAUUAAAUUUAUUAGAAUAAAUGCUUCGAACACACGCGAUCUAAGUACCUUUUGUGUUUAUUAUACCUUACCUACCUAGGUAUAAAAAGAGUACUUACGUAGAUUUUCUUUUAUUAACUGUUUUAUACGAAGAUCUUGAUCUCUCAAAUUAGCAUCCAUUUUACUUCCAGUGAUUAUCAACUAAAUUAAUAAUCCACAAAGUAUUAAAUAACGUUUUUAUGAAAUAUUUAGCACAAAAACAAUACCCUUUAAAUAUCGAUCGUCAGUAACUGUGGCUGACUUACCUAUAUUCUAGCAAGCAGGACUGCCAGAUGUGAAGGGGAAAUCCCCAAUAAAUUGUUGCAUGUGACUGAUGAUGUGAGCAUGUUCGUUUCAUAAUAAAAAUGUUGCCAGGUAACCAAAAAGUCGUAUGUUUUUGUGCGAAUUACGAUCAUAAUCUUUACGAUCGUACAUUAAAAAAUAGACAAAUAAUAGUAUGAGUACGAUUUAAAUCGUAUAUCUGUCAACCCUGCUAGCAAGACAGCGACAAAAUCACGUUGCAUAACAAUGUAGCCCAAGCUUAUAUCUUAUGAAAUAUACGGAAGAGAUACGGACUUAGAAAAAACAGAAAUGUUGUUCUUUGUGGAAGUCAUUGAUGAAAUUCUAUGUAUUUUAGCCCGCAAACUUUCUUCAAACAAAAACAGCGCCAUCUAGUAUCGAGUUCUGUAAUUAUCUCUUUGUUUAUGGAUUUGAAGUAAGACCGCCACGCAUGCAAUACAUUAUGACUGGGGAUUCCCCUAUUCGUCGACGCUGAAUAUGAGGCGACGACAAUCACUGUCAAACGUGUUCACUAUUACUCUGACUCUGGUAACGUGACUUCCUGGUAACGUGUUAGGUAGGAAAAGCAGUAAAAAAGUGCAUAUUAAGGGAGCAGAUUUGAAAUAAUAUUUAUACUUAACAAGAAAUAAUUAAAGGUUCAAUGGGGAGACCUAAAGAUUUACGCAUAUGGGAGCACUACCGUACUUUACCAAACAAGUCUGUUUCUUGCAAGCUUUGUAAUAAGGUCUACAAAUUCAGUAAUGCUGCCAAAAUGCUUCAACAUCUUAUCACUUGUCCAAAAUCUCCAGAAACAUUAAAAGACUCUAUGAAACUUAUAAAAGAUAGCUCGUCCAAAACCAAAAUGUCUGGACUGUCAGAGAUAGAGACAAAUGAUUCUUUUAUAAGCCCCUCGUCGUCUGCUAACACUACAAUAAAUGCUGAGUUUCAAGACACCGAUGAUCAUAUAAAAACAGAAUUAGCGAGAGCUAUAUUUGUAACAGGGACGCCAUUAUCGAUGGUGCAACAUCCUUUAUGGAUACAAUUUUUCGAAAAAUUGCAACCAAAAUUUAAAAUACCUUCACGUAAAGCUUUAGCGACAAAAUACUUAGAUAAAAUAUAUAGAGAAAUGCGUUUUGAGUUAAAUGAGGAACUAAAUGCUUGUAGUUACUUACACCUUCAGUGCGAUGGCUGGUCUAAUUUAAGAAAUGAAGGAAUAAUAAACUUUCUUAUAUCAAAACCUCAACCUGCAUACGUUAAAAGUUUGAAUACAGAAAGUAAUCCUCACACUAGUGAAUACCUUAGCCAAGAAGUUGAAAAAGUAAUGAAAGUGUAUGGAGCAAAUAAGUUUCUUGUACUUAUUGGCGAUAACGCUAGAAAUAUACAAAAGGCAUUCGAAUUAACAAAACUCAAAUAUCCACAUGUUGUUCCUCUCGGUUGCUGUGCACAUAUCCUUAACUUGUUGUGCCAAGAUAUUGUAAAGAUACAAGAAGUAACUGUGUUUAUUAUGCAAGCCAUAAAUAUAAUAAAAACUGUUAAAAGGAGUCAACGAUUAAGUUCCUUGUUGAUAAAAUCAAGGCAGGGUGAAGAUUCUACACAAACACUAAAAUUGCCUUGUGCUACAAGAUGGGGAAGUCAUGUUACUUCGUUAAAAAGUUUGAAAGCAAAUAAGAUAGCUUUGCAAAUAUUAACAGUUAGAGAAGAUGUGGUAAUUUCAAGAGAUAUUAAAGAUUUAAUUCUAAGUGAUGAUUUCUGGACGAAGACAGGGGAAUGUAUAAGUAUUUUGGAACCAGUCACUGAAAGCAUAUUUUACUUAGAGAGCGACCAGAAUCGUUUGCAUCGCACAUACAUUACAUUUAGAGAUGUACAAGCUAAGAUACGUUUUGCAUUAAAUGAGAUUUCGACAUUGAGCGAAGAAAGCAAACAGCAGAUUCUAACAUCAGUAUCUUCAAGAUGCAAUAUGGCAAUGAGGCCAAUACAUUUUGCAGCAUAUAUUCUAGACCCCAGGACUCUAGGAGUCGAACUUACUCAAGAGGAAGAACUUAAGGGUAUGGAGUUUAUCUACAAUUUAAGCCAACACUUAAGUUUGUCAAAUGUAAUGGCAGAUUUGGCGUGUUAUAAAGCUAAAGAAAACUUUUGGGCCAGAGGAUUUGUAUGGAGCUCAUUAGAUAGCAUUGAGCCCCUAAUAUGGUGGAAAGGUAUUUGUGGUUCCACUGAGUUAAGCAAAGUAGCGAUUCGUAUUCUAUCAGCUCCCUGUACUUCGGCAGCCACUGAGCGUUCCUUUAGUAUCCAAGGCUACAUACAUAAUAACAAAAGAAAUCGACUUACAACUGAAAGAACUGAAAAAAUUUCAUUCAUUUGUUAUAACUGGAAUCUUAAACAUAAAGCUGAAUGCGAGGACAUUCAGUUUAAUGAAGAAAAUACCUUAGAAGCUUUCAUUGAGCAAGUAAAUGAACAUAACAGUUUAGACGAAAUAGAGCCUAUCGAACCUAUACAAUUCAUCGCUUGUAAUAACUCUGAAUCUGACAGUGAUUGACUGUAGUUUUACAUUUUACUUUCAUCUCUUUCUUAAUAAACUCAAAAUCAAAUUAAAAGUUUUUUAUUCUGUAGGCUGCAUAAUAAUAUUGUCUAUGUCCAGUAUAGUGGACGUCUUGCGGCUGAGAUGACGAUGAUGAAGUACAAAAUCAUAAACACCCAAAAAUUUGGGUGUUUAUGGGGUUUAAACCCAAUAAACCCAAAACACCCGGUUUUUACCCACCAGACUUUAAACCCACCCAGGUGGAUUGCCCAUCUCUAGAAAUAACUCAAAGUAGGUAAAUAUUCUAAAGGCUCGCGCACAUUAUGUUAGGCCGGACUGCACCGCAUCAUAACAAUAAUCUUCCUAAAUCACUUUUGUACUUUUUAUGAAUAAAAUAUAGAUAAUGUAAU